AUGCGAGAGACCAUGUGCCCAAGCAAUGAUGCACGAGAGAACAAGAAGGCUGCCGCAUUCGGACUCAGCCCUGCAGCGCCCAUGGAACUGGAAGAUGUGGCCGGGGCAUCGGCCCCGUUGGUCCCCCAGCCUGAUCUGGCACCAAUUAGCAUCAUCGGGGCUGAGGAUGAGGACUUUGACAUGGAACUGAAGAGGAACGCAGAGGAACACAACAGCCAGUUCCAGAACCUGGAGCAGGUGAAGCAGCGCCCGGCCCACCUGAUGGCACUCCUGCAGCACGUGGCCCUGCAGUUCGAGCCUGGACCCCUGCUCUGCUGCCUGCACGCGGACAUGCUUGGCUCCCUGGGGCCCAAAGAGGCUAAGAAGGCCUUCCUGGACUUUCGCCACAGCUUCCUGGACAAGACCGCAGUCCUGCGGGUGCAGUUCCCUCCCCAUGUGGCUUUUGAACUUGACCGCUUGCGACCUGAUCUCUCCGAAGCCGUCCAAUGGCAUUUAGUGCAGGAGGUGGUGCAGAGCCAGCAGGCGGCAGUGAGCAGGCAGCUGAAUGACUUCUGCUCCAAGCGGCUCAUGGGCAUGACACCCUGGGAGCAGGAGCUGGACCAGCUGGAGACCUGGGCCGGGCGGGACGGUGUCAGCUACACCGCCUGGGAGAGACACGUGGCCGAGCAGCUGCUGGCCCACCUGGAGGAGAUGCAACACACCAUCUCCACGGAUCAGGAGCGCAACGCUGCUGUAGUGGGUGCCAUCAGGCUGUACAUGCACCACCUCGGGGUGCGGACCAAGAGCAGGGACAAGAAGUCGGGGAGGAACUUCUUCCGGAAAAAGGUGAUGGGGAACCAGCGGUCCAGGGAGCCCCCCAAGACCAACAAAGGGCUGAGCAGCAUCCUGGACACCGCCCGCUGGAACCAGGAUGAAAACCACUCUCCAGACUUGCGACACCCCAAAGGCAACGUAGACAGGAAGAAGCCAGGCCUUAAGGAUCGGAAGGGAGGCCUGGGGGUGUCCUCUCAGGAUUGCAGUGCCCAGACUUCUAGUCAGGACACCCUCAGAGUCUCUCUGCACCCUAUCUGUGGUGUAGACGGGGAGCCAGGUAUAGAUACGACCCUGGAGAUAGAGGACCCUCCACAGCAAGGCCCAGCAAGCCAGGAGCCGCUGGACAACACGGAAAAGGAUGCUGACACGAAGAGUCCUGAGCCUGGCGAGGACGGCAAGCCGGAGAGGUCAGGACUGGAGCUGGAACCGGAGGAGCCCCCUGGCUGGCUGGAGCUCAAGCCCCAGGACACCCUGCACAGCCUGCCCAAGAGCCAGAUGAAGCAGCAGGAGGUCAUCAGCGAGCCUUAUCCUGAUUUAUUUCGAUUACAGAUCGCGCGGAGGUUGGGGGUCGGGAGUAGACCCCCGGCUGUGCUCCUGAGGGCGCGCACCGCGGACCCGCCUUUCCCUCAGGCCGACGCGUGUCCCCCGGGGCCACAGCCCCUGGAACAGCCUCGGGAUUCCCAGCCUCUGGGUGCUUCCACUCCAGCCAGCCGGAGGGGACGCUCGUUUCUCCAACAGGGCUUCAACGGACACUAG